AGAGAGAGAGAGACGUGCGGAGAGAAAGAACGUGUGUUGGUCGGAGAAAGAGAGAGAGAGAGAGAGAGGAGCGAGCGAGCUAGAGCAAGCAAGAGGCCACCGGCCGACUUGGAGACAGGACAAGGCGACCCGAUGUUGGGAGCGGGUCGUGACCCCGUGCCGACCCGCGGUCGUCCUCGUCCUCGCGCGUCGUCGUCAUCCUGCAUCGUACGAACAGCAGCAACAGUAGCCGCAGUAGCCACAACGGCAGGACGCUCCUCGCGUAAAUGUGCCCCCGUUCGCGCCCAUGUGCACCUCCUUCUGCUUCUCUGCCCGCUGCCCCUGCGUGCCCUGUAAACCCAGAGCACACCCCGACUAGCACGCCCGCCGCGCGCGCACUUGUUACCCGCGAACAUGGCCAAGAUCCUCAACAAGGACCCCGUCACCUACGAGAGGGAGAGGGAGAACUUCCUGAAGGACCUCCGACAUUUCCACGAGACCCGAGGGACUCUCUUCAAGAAGUCUCCGAGGAUCAACGGGAAGGAUAUAGAUCUGUACCUGCUGUACGUGGUCGUCACCGCUCACGGAGGAUGGAUCAAGGUCAACACCAGAAAUGAGUGGGCGGCUUUAUGCGAGCAAUUCCACCUUCCCAACGGUUGCAUCAACAGCGGGGUCGGCCUCAAGCAGAUCUACCUUCGGUAUCUGGACAGGUACGAGAAAGUCCACUUCUUAGGCGAGGAUGGUCAGCAGGCCGACGACGACGACGAGGACUCCAGACACCGGAAAUGGUCGGCCAGGGCAUUACACUCGGUUCCUCUUACCUAUAAUCACCAUCAGCACAACAUCGCAGAGUCCCUGCGCGACUACAACGGACUGUCGGCGGACCUUUACAAGCCCUCCAAUUACGACAAGCUCGCGCUGUCGCUCCUCUCGCCGCUGCCCAACGAGCAGGACUUCGCCAUCAACGUCUGCACUCUCCUGUCGAACGAGGGUAAGCACACCCUGCGGCUCGACAAGUACCCCCGGCUGGUGAACAUCCUCCUGGCGCACGCCGGCGUGUUCGACUCGCCCGGUACGCGGCAGCUCUUCAUCGAGGUGUACUCGCGCGUCCGCAACUACUCGAUCAACUCCUUCUGGUCGGACGUGCUCGACUCCCAGGACGUGAUAGAUCUCACGAACGAGAGGGCCUUCAUGAAGAAGCCACCCACCCACCUGCCGACGUUCUCCAGACGGAAGACACUCGAGAAGGAGAAGCAGAGCAAAGGCAGUGCCGGCCUCGCGUCGACGACGGAGAGCGAGGAGUCGACGACGACGGCGACGACGACGGCGACGGCAGCGACGACGACGGCGGCGGUGACGACAACGACGACGACGACGACGGCAGCGGCAACGACGACGGCAACGACGACGACAACGACGACGACGACGCAGCAGCAGCAGCAGCAGCAGCAGCAGCAGCAGCAGCAGCAGCCGCCGAUAGACGUCGACGGGGUUCUCCCGGACUGCCCACGGCUGGAUCCGCUCGUGUCGUCGCAUUCGGAUGAGAGUCUGAAGGAUCAGAACCAAAAUUCCAUCAAGUUCGAGGAGGAGGACAAGGAUCUGUUCUGCGUCGGCCGGACGUUAGGCACGCAGGACCCGUACGGGCAGCGCGUGCUGCAGAUCGCGUCGAUCCUGCGGAACCUCAGCUUCACGCCGGAGAACGCCACGGUGUUGGGCAGGAACCGGUGUUUCCUGAGAUUCGUGUUGCUGUGCGUGAGGGCGAGGUGGAGCAAUCUGCAUCAACUCGGCUUCGACAUACUAGGGAACAUAGCGAAUGAAAUUAUUCUAAAGGAGGCCGGCGACAGGAUAUCGGACGUCGUAUUGUCGUGCGUGGCCCGGGGAAUCGAGUCCCAGGACAGGUUUAUCGUGAUAUCCUGCCUCGAGGUGCUUAAUAAGAUCAGUCAGCAGGACAGCAACGAGGAGAUCGUCACGUUCGGUUUGGCGGACGGUGUAUAUGAACUUAUAUGCAGAUUUCUAGCCCUGAGCGACAUAGCUCUCUUAGUGUAUACCCUCGAAUGUUUGUACGCUUUAACCUCGCUGGGUGAGAGACCGUGCACGAGCGUGGCGCGGGUGCGCGGCGCCAUCGACACGCUGGUCGCCCUCGUCACCGUGGAGGCGCAGAGUUACGGCCCGAAGGCGUGCAUCCUGAUGAGAGUGGUCGAGACGGUGUCGACGGUGGCGUUGCCGCAGAACAACGCGCAGAACGCACCGGCCACUCCGGUCGCGCCGACCACGACGGCGUCCACGUCCACCCCUAACCCGUCUACCACGGCCACCAUCACCGCGACGCCAGCGGCCGUCAGUCCGGCGCCAUCCCGACCUACGACUCCGGCCACGACCUCGACCAAGUCGACAACGCACAAAGCAGUGGAGACGGCCAACGCGAUCCAGCAGCAGAACGCGCAUCAGCAGAUCAUACAGGAGAACGAGCAGUUCGCUUUGGGCUGGGUGAGGGCGACGUUCGAGCUUGCGCCGGGCGUGCGCAUCGAACAAGAGGAGCUGUACAAGAAGUAUCUCGGCUGCUGCACGAAGAUCGGCAGGCGGGGCGUGAUAGCGCCGCUGCACUUUCCGAGAUGCGUCAGAUCCGUUUUCGGCAAUAUCGUGGGGCCGAAUCCGUUGAAGGGCGAGAACACCGGUACCCAGUAUUACGAAGGCAUCCGAGUACGGUCGACGCCCGCACCGAUCACUUAUCCGAGCCAAACUGCUGCGGUCGUUACUAACACAGCCCCGAUUCAGGCGAUCAACGCUACUCCAGUAAAGGUGCUUCCCGUUCAACAGCGUACAGUCAAGAAUAUAAGCCCCGCACCCGAUAGCACGGUCCCAGCCGAUAAUCCCGCGUCCGGGACGCAAACGACUCCCAUAACCCCCGCGUCUCCGAUCCUCAAGGCCCAUUUAUCCGCCCCGCCGAAGCCCCCGUCCAACACCCCGAGUCAGUCCCUAAAUCCAGUGACCAAGGUUGAUUCUAAAAGUCAGGUAUCAGUAUCGCAUCCGCACCUGAGCCAAGCGUUGCUAGCCAGCGGCUCUCAAACGCCGCAGCAGCAUCAGCAGCACCAACAACAACAACCGCAACAAUUUCAUCAUCAGCCGCAGCAACAGUCACAAAGUAUCCAGGUAGUUGCUAAGGAAGAUAAUCGAAGUGGCACUACGUCGAGUUCCAUUAUAAAGAGCCUAUUGGCUACUAAGGUAACAGUCAGCAGCGACUGCAUGCCCAGUGCUGCUGCGACUUGUGUGUCUACCCCUACUGCCUGCGUAACAAACACUACUGCUAGCAUCGCAUCCAGCAUCAGUGCCAACCAGCUAAUAACCAGCAACCAGGUCGCCCAACGCCAGCAACAGCAGAGGUUACUGCAGCAGCAGAUGACGGGCGUGUUGCAGCCCGCCGCGCCCGCGGCCACGCCAGCCACAAUACUCCCAAAGACUCCUGUGAACGCCAAGCAGAAACCGGCAAUCGCACCAAUUCCUGCCAAAAAGAUACAAAGGCUCAACGGGGCCAAGUUCGUCGUGACUAAUAACUGCGAGAAGGUGCGCACUGAAGUAAACGAUAACGACAAUGCCAAUCAAAUCGUCACGUCCACCACCACGGUGGUGCUGAACUCGACUGAGAACCACAUAUCCUCGUCACCGGCGAAGGUCUGCCGGCCGCCGUUGACGGCGACGAGCGUCGUCACCAGUACGGCCGCCGCCGCCGCCGCCGCCGCCGCGGCUGCGGCCGCGGCCACGGCCGCCAACAAGACGAAUCAACGCUCCACGUGUACUUCCAUCGCCGAGGACUCGGACUCCACCAACAACUCGUUGGCGUCGAGCAGCGGGAUCGGCGGCAGCAGAGAUUGCUCCGGCGUCGGCGUCGAGGAGGAGAACUCGUUGACGAGCUUCGAGGGUAUCCUUCUCAACGGCGCGCCGAGCAACAUGGACAUCGACACGCAGGAGGACGGCUCAUCCAAGGACUCGUCGAGCGUGAGCUCGAAGGAAAAGCCGCUGCAGAGCAUGAUGCUGGCGGAUCUGCUGGAGAGGAAAGUCGACAAGGAGCCGAUGCUGAACGGCGUGCUCGGCAAGAACUCGAUCAACGAGAAGGAGAUGGAUCUGGUGGAGAAUCACAUAAAGAAAGUAUUAAAGGAAUCUCCGACCGAGCUGAAGAUCAAGCCCGAGGUCGAAGGCGGCAACGUCAUACAAAACGAGGUGUCCGAGGACACGCUGAUAGAGGCGCCGAGAGGGAUCAAGAGGUCGGCCAGCGAGUUGGAUGAGCUGGAGAUUAAGAAGCCCAAGUAUUCCAACGGCACGAUGUCGCCCGACCCUGCCGUCGAUUCCACCACGGCGGAGUCGACGGUGUCGAGCAUCAAGUCAGAGGACGACGACAAGGACAGCGAGAAGGCCACCGUUUCGUCCACCGCGGCGAAUCUCUACGCCGCCCUGGCGGCGGACUGCAUAGAGGACGAGACGGAUCUCGAGGAGCAGCCGAACGUCAACAAGGACACCCUGAAAGAAGAGGUUGCUCCUCCUCCUCCACCACCGCCGCUUCAUGUGAAGGCUGAGGUGACGCCUGUACUGCUGAAGGAGGAGCCACCGUUGCAAUGCAUCAAAGAAGAGGCACCGACGCCUCACAUAUUCAUCAAUCAGAUCAAUCAGAUUACCACCCAGGCGCAGCCGCCGCAACCGCCGCCGCCUCAACCACCGCCGCCGCAGCAGCAACUCAUAGUGGCCACGUCGAGGCAGAUAGUGGUCCAGCCGGCGAUCCAGUCGAACAACCAAAUGAUCAUUCCCACCACGACGGUGAAGGGUAGACCGCCACCGCCUCAACCGCAAGUGUUACUGCAGCAGAGCGCGGGCGGUCAGCUGCAGUACGUAGUGUCCGGCGCCAUGCCCGGUCAGAACUACGUGCUAGCGCAACCACAGACGACCCUGAUGCAAGGGCAGGGUCAGACCGUGCUGCUGGCGCAGACCACGCCGCAGCAAGGCACCGGCACUAAGACGAUCAUCAUCCUGCAGUCGCAGACCGCCCCGCAGUCGGCUCCGCAGAAGAUGGUGGCGGUGACGCCGCAGGGUCAGCCGGUGGUGGUGGCACAGGUGCAACGGCCGAUCCUGCAGAGCCCGGCGCUCAGCAACAUCCCGCCGCCUCUUGUACCAACGUCUGCAACGAUCCCACAGGCUUCCAUCAUAGUCAACAGCUCAGUGGUGUCGCAGACGAAUCCGAACACGGUGACCGUGACGAUCCCGGCGAUGGCCCAGCAACAAACCCCGAUUACCACCAGUCUGCCGUCCAGGGUGGUCACUCCUACACCGCCGUCGACGCCGCCGCCAACGAGACCGGCGACGCCGCAUCAGAUGAUCGCCACUCACGGCAUGGUCGCCGUGAAAUCGCCGCUCGCGAAGAUCGUGAAGACGGUGAGCUCGUCGACGUCCACCGAGCCAGAGUCGAAGCCCUCCACCAGCCAGCAGCAGACGUUGCAGACGACGGAGAGCAAGACCAUCACGAUCAAAAUCGAUCCCAACGCCUACCUAUGCGAGUGGCGAGGCUGUCUUCGACAAUUUAAAACACCGCACGAGGUCUAUCUUCACGUGUGCGAGGCCCACUGUCCAACUGGCGGCGAGGAGAUCUUGUGCCUAUGGGCGAGCUGCGACGCGCUCAAGAGGCGUAGAUUCUCGUUGAUGACGCACCUGUACGAUAGGCACUGCAACGCGGACACGAUGUCGAUGAGGAGGAAACAGUUGACCGUGACGGGCAAGACCGAAGUCUCCACGUCCACACCCCAGACUCCGCAUCAUCCUGGAUACGCACCCAACGCCGCAUUCCACGCGAUCAAACGGCACGCCCUGGAGUUUGUGAAUCCUAAGGAGCUAAUGCAGCAGAGGCCGACCAAGCCCGCUGCAGCCACCUCAAGCACUUCUUCCCCCAGACCUGGGCAAAAUCCUCCGCCAGAACAGGAUGACAACGAAGGUCCGGUGACCAAAAGUAUUCGCCUAACGGCAGCUCUCAUUCUUAGAAACCUAGUCAUAUAUUCAACACACGGCAGAAGGCACCUCAGAGCGUACGAGCCCCACUUGGCAGGUGUGGCGUUGAGCAACGUCGAAUCAUCGAGAACGAUCGCACAAGUACUGUAUGACAUGAACGACCAGAGUAACAGUAGCCAUAGGUGACCUCUUGAAUCAGGCCUCUAAAAAGUUCUAUUAAACGUUGCGAGCAGCGAUCAACUUACGUUAUUUCGAGUUACACACGGCGUGCGGGAGUGUGCGAGGAGGAGUAGGAGGAGGAGGAUAAACGGAUAAUAAUGUUCUCGCGAAAUCACUCACUGACGUUGGUGCGCGUAUGCAUAGGUCGGGGCGGGCACGGGGAGGAGGUGAGUGCGUGAGUUUAUUGCGCGUGUGUUAUGUGUGCGUGCGCGUGUGUAUGUGUGCGUAUGUGUGUGUGUGUGGGGGGAAGGGUAUGUGUGGUAUGCCCACAUUGCGCGAAUCGAAGGCUGGGAAGGCUGCGAAGGCAGAGAGCGAGGAGUGGCACCGGAGAUAAAUGUUCCAUAUAUAGAAAAAAGAGGCCUAUAAACUUACUAGGCAAAAUCGUUUUGCCAAUUUAGACUAAAAUAUGAACUGUAACUAGUGACAUGAGACAAAGACAGUAGCUGAAAUGAUAACAUGGAAAGGUGAUAAUGUUUGCGAGCGAGCGAGAACGAGCAAGCGAGAGAGAGAGAGUGCGGGAGCAUUGUAUGCAUGUAUAUGUGUAUGUGCGCG